AUGUCCCACGAGCGGCAGAAGGGCGUCGUCGUGAGCAAGGCCAUCGCGUACGGCUCCGUGGCCAUGUACCUCGGGCGCAAGUCGGAGGAGACCAAGACGCACCGCUGGCACAUCUACGUGCGCGGCCUCGCCGGCGAAGACCUCUCGUACAUGAUCAGCAAGGUUGUCAUUAGCCUCCACAACAGCUUCGCCAACCCCGUGCGCGUGCUCACGGAGCCGCCGUACGAGGUCUCAGAGUAUGGCUGGGGCGAGUUUGAGACCAAGAUCCAAAUCCACUUUCAGGACCCGGACGAGAAGCCCGUCGACAUCAUCCACAUGCUCAUUCUGUACCCGCCGGGCAACCAGAUCGCGUCGACAAAGAAGCCGGUCGUCUCGGAGUUUUACGACGAGCUCGUCUUCAACGAGCCGAGUGAGCUCAUGUACAAGAAGCUCAUGGCGGGGCCCGAGAAGCAAGCGCCGCCGAACGCGCUUCAAGAGCACUGGCCCGUCUACAACGAGAUCCACGACUUGCAGCUGCUCACGGACGCGCAGGCGACGCUCGCGCAGGAGCUCGCGCUGACCAAGAAGUUGCUCAUGGAGGCCGACAUUGAAGCCAAGGAGAUCAAAGAGAAGAUCGCGGCCUUUGAGGCGCAAAAGAAGCUCGAAGCCAAGGCGAAAGCAGCCGCAACGUCGUGA